AUGGACUUGAGUUUGGUAGACAGAGAUGCUAUGCCAGGCCUCGGUGAAAGUCUCGGUGCAGCUGUAGUUGGCCACAGGAUGCUGUUCAACAAUAAGGCAUUUCACAUAAUGACUGCUCACUCCAUGCAUCCAACACCAUCCAAGGCAAACCGCACCACUGCAACCCCCAAGAAGACUGUUCGCUUCACUAUGAACGAGCCAGAGGUCCGUUACAUCGGCCCCGAGAUGAGCUAA